AUGACAUCACUACCAGAAAACCAGCAAAGAAACUACGCGAUCUUCCGGGACUAUCUCUCAACCGCACUUAUAGAAAAGAUCUCACGUCCCGAGCCAAAACCAAAACGGAGAUCCAAGUCCAAGAAAGCCACUUCUUCUUCUUCUUCUCCAAAGUCAACGCAAGACACCUCCUCAGACGCAGACCUCAACAACGCAGACGAUUUAGCCGAUUUUGCAGACUACAUCGCCACCGAGACCUUCCGCGCCCUCCCCGAACAACUCAAAACCGUCGAUUACCACGAAUACACCCAAGACGCGACGCUCCAAGCCCGCUUCGCCCAGCGCCUGCCUCUCACCGGCGCCUCCACCCCCACCAUCCUGCCUACCCUCGACCCCACCGUCGCCGACUCCCUCUCCGCGUACAGCAUAACCAGCGAGUCCACGCAAGGCGCCGACGAAUUCCUCGCCCCGAUCCUAACCGCGUUCCUGACCGCCCUCGGGACUGCUCCCCGCGCCCCCCGCGCCACCCUCCCCGACGCAGACGGGUGCGAGCUCUGCGGGCGCGACUGGGUCCCGCUGUCGUACCACCACUUGAUCCCGCGGUUCGUGCACGGCAAGGCGGUUAAGCGUAAGUGGCAUCGGGCGGCGGACCUGGAGAAUGUGGCGUGGCUGUGCGGGGCGUGUCAUCGCUUCGUGCACCGGUUUGCGGGGCACGAGGAGUUGGCGCGGCGGUAUUAUACGGUGGAGUUGCUGAUGGGGGAGGAGGCGGUUAGGAGGUGGGUGGAGUGGGUGGGGAGGUUGAGGUGGAAGGGGCGGUGA